CUGAUACAAAAUAGACACUGCGACGUUACUAUGAGCCUGGAGCUCCAUGAUACUGACCAGCCACCUUCUUUGAACUUCUAUACCACACUUACUUAUCAUGGAAAGCGUUUACAAUAGUCGCCCUUCGUCACCAGGCGCCAGAACCUUCAACGGUGCUACGAAAGGCCCAUCUGACUCGGGCACGAUUGUGAAGUUUCAACGAAUAGACAAAGCAGCACCUACGUCAUCUUCUGGGGCGAAGGCUGAUGCCACGUCUUUUCCAGUGACGGGAAGCCUUGUGGGAACUAUCGGAUUCGCCGUGCUGUUGAAGAAAUGCGGCUUCAACGCCAACGCCAACGUUGGGAUGGACGGUGUCACCAUGGCUAAGAUCAAAGAGGGGAUGGUUGAAAUUGGUCUGGCUAAGGAGUUUGACAUAUGGAGUUCUCCGUCGUCUAUGCUCCUUGACUAUGACCUUACUCUUUCGGAAUACGUGGAGCAGGUAUCGAAGCUUACGAAAAGUCCCGAGUUGGAUGUGAGAAUUUACUACGGUCUGAAGAAGGAUCACAACACGCAGACAGUACAGGACAUCUACAAGACUGGAGAUUUUAUCAUCAGGAUCGUCCAAAUCAAGAAGGAUAAGUCGCAGGCUAUUCAAGCUCUCAGAGUGAUGAAGUCGCCUCCAAAAGAUGCACGUGCAAGCGGCGAUAUCAUUGAUAUCCAGGACCUAGGCUCUCGGACACUCUGGGACUUGAGAGACGGAAUUAGCGCAAUGUCGCAACUGAAAGAUAAACAUCACUUCUGCCUGCCGGAUGAAACCCCUCUCUCUGAUAGAACCAGAUUCGACGACUACAUCAAUAUGCUUGAUGAGACAUGUCCAUAUGAGAGCAGCGUUCCAUCGAUCAACCUCAGGUUUAAAGACGCUUCAUCGUCUUUCGACGAAGACAAGCCAAAGACAGUUAUGACAGCUUCGGGUGGCACUAAAGCAGUUCAAAAGGCUGAGACCUCUAGUAUCUCACCGUCAUCACUCGAUGAGUUGCAAUGGGAACUCGUCAUGAAUAACUGCCAAGUCAUGCACGGCUGGUAUUAUGACCCCGUCAGCACUGAGAUCAAAAUGGCACCAAAACCAGCAUUCCGUCUCAAGUCAGGUUUGAAUCUUGACUACAGCCCAGAUAGCACAGUCUCCACCGCAGAAGUUGAGAGCGCCAUACCCAACUACGGGGUCACGGACGGUUCAAAAAUUGAUGUCGUCACUACUGAGAGCGGAAUCAAGCACUCUCUUGUUCGUAACAGCUUUGACAAGUCUUCUAUGGAUAACAAAAUCGCUCUUGGUUACUCAGGAAUCGGUAUCAACGUGGCUGGCGGAAGGUCCUUCGACUCCCAAGGUGAGCAGUCGUCAGGGAGCAACAGGUCCAUCAAGAGCAUGAUCGGUAUAUACAAGCUUCCCCGAGCCACUUUGUUUCUCAACGCGGAUGAUCUCGUUCCGACCAAAGCAUUCACAGAUGGCAUUAAAAAGAUCAAGGAGCUAGGCGAAGAAGCAGACGAGACAGACGUUCGCAAGUUCUACGAAAGAUUCGGUCAGUUUUUCUGCCACGAGGUUAUUCUCGGGGGGAUGUUGCUCUCGACAAAAGCCUUGGUUGGCAACGAAUCCCUGGACGAAGAAAAGAACCGGUGCUCCUUCAAACACGCUAUCGGAAUCCUGUGGAAGUCAUUAUUGGGGCGGAGUCAAAGAGAGAAAACGCAUCGGGUGCCGAUCAGAGCAUUGUUCGCAGCUACAAAGACAGCGAUGAUAGCGUGGUUUUUGAAGCUGUUGGUGGGAAUACCAUCUUGGCUUCCAAUCCACAACAAUGGUGUGCAACUGUUGGUGAUCACAACAAUUGGCGGGUCAUAGGGUUCAUUGAUAUUCCAAAAUCUGCGAAAAUCAUUGCGCAAUUUCGUUUCAAGACGAAGAGUACAAAUGCGGACAAAACACACUACCUUCGUCAUGACAUCUACAACAUCAUUGACUUUGGACCUCAGUCUGC